AUGGCGGAUGAUAAUGUGUCAUUCACUGAUCAAGGAGAUUCUCAUGGAGAUGAAAAGAAGAGAGCAAACUCAUCUGCGAUGCUUGAUAUUCUUGAUAAAAUGGAAAAGAAGAAAGAUAAGAAAAAGAAAGGAAAGAAGGGGAAGAAAAAUAAUAAGAAGGACCGGAAAGGGAAAACGAAAAAAGUUAGGAAAGUAGAUCGUUUCGAGUCUCAAAACUUUUUGUAUCGUGUCGAAGGAUCCAUGUUUUGUGCUGGAAUUAUAGUUGGUCUCAUGAUGAUACUGACUUUCAUCAUAAUGGGAAUCAUUUUUGGAGUGAAAACCAAUGGAAAUAUGGUCAGUUACAUGCAUCCAUUAUGGGGAUCUGUUGAUGAGAGUAGAGAUGAAAGUGGAGAAGAAUGA